AUGGAGUCGGGAGACGUUACUGGUGCAAAUAUAUCCUGUGCAAAAGUAUAGUACUCGUAUUACAAUCAUGCAUUACAAAUCUUUUUCUCGAGGUAAAUCAACAUUACAGAUUUUCUCUCUCAUGCGGAGGAAAUUUGUAAUGCAUUUAUACGAGUACGAUGCUUUUGCAGUUCAUAAAAUAAUACUGGAGGCAGAGGCGCCGGCACUAGUUCAUCCCCAACAGUUGUAGUGGAUUUUGCCGCGCUGCGCAAAAAGACCGCCUUGGAGGAACAGGCAGACGGAGACAAUGACGCAUAUGGCGCUCUCAACGAACGUUACAUUCUCAACUGUUACAUGGAUUUGUAAUGCUAAAACAGCAAAAGCGAAAGCGGGAAGAUUGCGCGUUUUGCACUACAAAUCUGGAACGGAUUGUUCCCGUGCUGUUUAGCCCUUCGAGAAUUUGCCAUGCGAGAAGACCUUGAUUGUAUGGCUGCUUGUGGCAGUUUUGCAUUAUAAAGAGCUGAGCGUGAGCACGUAACGUUUGAGAACCCCAUAAUGCAGAUGAACUAAGCGCAGCUACAACAUCUUCCUCGACGGCCGUACCCGCAACUACAACCACGACAACAACCAGCACGACGACCACUACAACAACCACACGUUGUGAUAACGUGAUGCGUAGUACUUCGAGGUCAACAUCCACACUUGUGAUCACGAGCUGCGACGGUGUUUUUACAAUCAUGCUGUGCACCGCCACGACGACGAGGACAUCCAGCUGCAUCAUGUACUAA